AUGGUUGAAGUUACGACAAAUGUUACACUGCUGGCUGAGGAAAAGCAGGCACUUGCGCCAUCCAUGCGCUCAGCAGUUCCUACUUCGUGCCAGCCAGCUGAUGUGGACAGGUCAGACUACUCGGACACCCGUUGGAUGGCAGCUUCAAAGCGAUCUAUCUUAAAGACGCGAAAUCGUUCCCUCUCUGGUGGAACUCGCACAUCCCCAUCGGGCUUUCCUCAGCGACCCGAAAGCGAAAUUACUCCGACAAUCACUGUGGUCCCGACUGCAGACGACAUAAAACGCCUGAGACCUGACUGCAAUGGUACUGGUCUACGGGACGCUUUCAAGAGCAGAGCUCUCCGUAGAAUUCGAAAUCACUCAGUACCAACACAGUUGGAAUCUUCAUUCGCCAAGGAUUGCGCUUCCCUGUCUUCCAGCGAGGUCGUAUGUAAGACCUCCCUCCUCUCUAAACCCCGUCUGCAAAACUUAUUAUCAAUGGAACUGGCUUACCACCCCAACAAUGCCUUCCUCUACUACGUCGACCCCGUAGUGGAGGACAAGGUUGACGCCACGCUUCGUAAUGAAGCCGUGCACGGUCUCCGCUGCAUCCACAAUGCAUUCUUCACCCUCUCUGCGGAGGUCUUCUGCAAGGCUGUCAAUCUCAUCGACCGUUUCGUGGUAAAAGUAAAGGUGUGUGAACGUGUCCUUUACUAUUCACCGCAAGCUGUUACAAGGCUAGGAAUAUAA